GUAGAAGCAGCAAUGCGUGAGAACGAAAAACGCGAAGAACAUAAGGAAAAGGAGAGGAGAGAACGAGCUAAAGCUGAAAAAGAAUCAGAAACUAAAUCAGAGAAGGAUGAGAAAAGGGAGAAGCCGAAGGAGGAACGACAUCACGACGAUAAACAUCCAGUUGUGAGUGAAACGUCUUUGGUGGGUUCAUUUUAG